AUGUUGCUCCCCAAGGGCGGAGUUACCUGGAAAUCCGCCAGAUCACGCCUGCCUCCAUGGCGCGGCAGUGCUGGUCCUCCUCACACGGACGCGGUUCCUGGUCUCGUUGGCCGUGACCGGUCUGGUCAUUCUUCUGUGGCGCGGCGUCAGCAAGUCUGCGUCGGAGAUGCAAAAGUGAACCUGAACCCCAUUAAGUCAUCUAUCCAAGCCGUUUCCAACCGGGAACGUGUCCUGAUCCUGACCCCCCUGCGCGACGCUGCUCCCUACCUCGAGAAAUACUUCGACCUCCUGUACAAGCUGUCCUACCCCCAUGAACUGAUCGAUCUGUGCCCCUGGUCGGCGACUGCAAAGAUGAGACCCUACCGGCUACACUUUCCGCGGAACUGGAGCGCAUCCAGCAGCAUGCCGAUGAGAAAGUCCGUUUCCGCAGUGCGACUUUUGUCCUCCAAGGACUUCGGUGCUGAUGUCGAGAUGAGCGUCGAGGAGCGUCACUCCUCUCGCCGCUCAAGGUCCUCGCCGCAAGGCUAUUGG